ACCACUCGUACUCCCACUUGAUCGGCCCGGGCUAGAAAGAAAAAAAAAAUCAUUCGAUUCCCCAGUCAGCUGCAGAGCGCACACGGCUCCUGCGCCCAAAAGAAUCCCGUGCGCUAGACGCUAGCUAGCCAGCACCCCACAGGCCGCGGCACAGCCACAGCCAACACGGCCAUGGGGGCCAGCGUGAUGGGGUGGCUCGGCGGCGAGUCGCAGGCGGCUUUCCCGUGGAAGCUGCUGCUGCUGUUGGCGGCCCUGGCCUGGUGCGCCGUGCGCGCGCUGGAGUGGGCAUGGUGGCGGCCGCGGCGACUGGACCGGGCGCUCCGGUCGCAGGGCCUCCGCGGCACGGCGUACCGCUCCGUCGCAGGGGACGCGCCGUUGACCGAGCGGCUCAACCGGGAAGCCAGGUCCCGGCCCAUCCCGCUGGGCUGCCACGACAUCGUGCCCAGGACGAUGCCGCUGUUCCAUCAGGCCAUGAAGGAGCACGGUAAAACGUCGAUCACCUGGCUCGGGCCGGUGCCCAGGGUGACCAUAACCAAGCCCGAGCUGGUGAGAGAAGUUCUGUCAAACAAGUUCGGUCACUUCGAGAAGCUCAAGUUUGGUAGUCUUCAGAGGAGGCUGCACAACGGCGUGGGCAGCCACGAUGGCGAGAAAUGGGCCAAGCACAGGAGGAUCAUCAACCCCGCAUUCCAUCUCGAGAAACUGAAGCGAAUGUUGCCGGCUUUUGCCGCAUGUUGCACGGAUUUAGUGAAGAGGUGGGAGGGUUUGGUUACGGAUGGACAGGCAUGCGAGGUGGAUGUUUGGCCCGAGAUGCAGAACCUGACAGGGGAUGUCAUCUCCCGCGCCGCAUUCGGCAGCAGCUACCUCGAAGGCAGGAGGAUUUUCCAGCUUCAGGGGGAGCAGCUUAAGCUCGUCGUGCAGUCUAUGAGCAAGAUGCAUAUCCCUGGAUACUUCUACCUGCCUACCAAAACCAACCGAAGGAUGAAGCAGAUUCAAUCAGAGAUCGAAGGGCUCCUGAAGGGCAUCAUCGCGAAGAGAGAGAACGGCUUGAGAACCGGCAAGGCGACUAGCGAUGAUCUUCUUGGCGUGCUGCUGGAAUCGAACAUGGAGCACCGCCGGGGUGCCGGCAACUCGAAAGCCGGAAUCACCACUGAUGACGUGAUCGGGGAGUGCAAGCUGUUCUACUUCGCCGGCAUGGAGACCACGUCAGUGCUGCUCACGUGGACGAUGAUCGUGCUCUGCAUGCACCCGGAGUGGCAGGACCGCGCGAGGGAGGAGGUGCUUCACGUAUUCGGCGCCAGAACGCCGGACUACGACGGCCUUAGCCGCCUGAGAAUCGUAACGAUGGUGCUGUACGAGGUGCUGCGGCUGUACACGCCGCUGACGGCGCUCCAACGCCGCACUUACAAGCCGAUGGAGCUCGGCGGCUUCAGGUACCCGGCGGGCGUGGUGCUGAUGCUUCCUCUGCUGUGCAUUCACCACGACAAGGACGUGUGGGGUCCCGACGCCAGCGAGUUCAGGCCGGAGAGGUUCGCGGAGGGGAUCUCCAAGGCGUCCAAGGACGUGCCGGCGUUCUUCCCCUUCGGCUGGGGGCCGCGCACCUGCAUCGGCCAGAACUUCGCGCUGCUCGAGGCCAAGAUGGGGCUCGCCAUGAUCCUGCAGCGCUUCGCGUUCGAUCUCUCGUCGGCCUACACGCACGCGCCGUUCCCCGUCGGCAUGCUGCAGCCGGAGCAUGGCGCGCAGGUCAUGCUCAGGAGGCUUCCCUGAGCUGCCUGCACUUGGAUGUGUUAACCUGCAUGUACAGCAUAAUCAGUGGAGCUUGGGCGAAGGGGCCGGUAAAGUUAAAUAGGUUUGAUAAUAAGAGUCUGAAUUAAUAAAAUAUAAGAGGUUGAAUUAAUAAAAUUUAAAAAUUAUUAUAAAAUAUAAAAAAUAUACUAUAAAAUAAAAAAAUUUGUUGGACUGUAAGAAUGCUCCGCCUCUCUCCGCGGAAGCAAGUAACAGUACCUAUCCUUGCAAGUCACGGUUGUGAAUAUUGUAAGGUUAAACGUGUCGAUGACUUAGUUACCAGUCAAGACUUCAGAUCCGCAGCAAGUCCCUGUUUUCAGUAUGCACUGGUCAGGGUCAUGACUACAAGUAACUGGGGUCAUAUUGAAUUGGUCCUCAAACAAGAAAAUAAAUGCUCGUUGAAUUCA